CGGCUCGGCGCCAGGGGACGCUCGAGGGCCGCGUCUCCUUGGCAACCACGUGCUCCGCCCCCUCCCCGCUGCCCCUUUAACCUUUAGGGUGCGCGGGCGCCGCGUCCCUCGCAGUCUCCCCGCUCCCCUCCCCUACCCCGCGCCCGGCGCCGGAGGCCGCUCGGGCCGGAAGCGAAGAUGGCGGCGGCGGCCGGCGCGGCUUCCGCGGAGCUGGUGAUCGGCUGGUGCAUAUUCGGCCUCUCGCUGCUGGCUAUUUUGGCAUUCUGCUGGAUAUAUGUUCGUAAAUACCAAAGUCAGCGGGAAAGUGAAGUCGUCUCCACCAUAACAGCAAUUUUUUCUCUGGCGAUUGCACUCAUCACAUCAGCACUUCUACCAGUGGAUAUAUUUUUGGUUUCUUACAUGAAAAAUCAAAAUGGUACAUUUAAGGACUGGGCUAAUGCUAAUGUCAGCAGACAGAUUGAGGACACUGUAUUAUAUGGUUAUUAUACCUUAUAUUCUGUUAUAUUAUUUUGUGUGUUUUUCUGGAUCCCUUUUGUCUACUUUUACUAUGAAGAAAAGGAUGAUGAUGAUACUGGUAAAUGUACUCAAAUUAAAACGGCCCUCAAGUAUACUUUGGGAUUUGCUGUAAUUUGUGCGCUUCUUCUUUUAGUUGGUGCUUUUGUUCCACUGAAUGUUCCCAGUAACAAAAAUUCUACAGAAUGGGAAAAAGUGAAGUUCCUGUUUGAAGAACUUGGAAGUAGUCACGGAUUAGCUGCAUUAUCUUUCUCUAUUAGUUCUUUGACCUUGAUUGGAAUGUUGGCAGCCAUAACUUACACCGCCUAUGGUAUGUCAGCAUUACCUUUAAAUCUGAUCAAAGGCACUAGAAGUGCUGCUUAUGAACGCUUAGAAAACACUGAAGAUAUUGAAGAAGUGGAGCAACACAUUCAAACAGUUAAAUCGAAAAGCAAAGAUGGUCGACCUUUGCCAGCAAGGGAUAAACGUGCCCUAAAACAACUUGAGGAAAGGUUACGAACACUUAAGAAAAGAGAGAGGCACUUAGAAGUCAUUGAAAACAGCUGGUGGACAAAAUUUUGUGGCGCUCUCCGUCCCCUUAAGAUCAUUUGGGGAAUAUUUUUCAUCUUAGUUGCAUUGCUGUUUGUAAUUUCUCUCUUCCUGUCAAAUUUGGAUAAAGCUCUUCAUUCAGCUGGAAUAGAUUCUGGCUUCAUAAUUUUUGGAGCUAACCUGACCAAUCCGCUGAAUAUGCUUUUGCCUUUACUACAAACAGUGUUCCCUCUUGAUUAUAUUCUUAUAACAGUUAUUAUUAUGUACUUUAUUUUUACGUCAAUGGCGGGGAUUCGAAAUAUUGGCAUAUGGUUCUUUUGGGUUAGAUUAUAUAAAAUCAGAAGAGGCAGAACCAGGCCGCAGGCGCUCUUACUCCUCUGCGUGGUACUUUUGCUUACUGUCCUUCACACUAGCUACAUGAUUUACAGUCUUGCUCCCCAAUAUGUUAUGUAUGGAAGCCAAAAUUACUUAAUAGAGAGCAAUUUAACUUAUGAUGACCAUAAAGGCAAUUCAACCCUUUCUGUGCCAAAGAGAUGUGAUGCGGGUGCUCCUGAGGAUCAGUGCACUGUCACCAGGACGUACCUGUUCCUUCACAAGUUCUGGUUCUUCAGUGCUGCCUACUAUUUUGGUAACUGGGCCUUUCUUGGGGUCUUCUUGAUUGGAUUAAUUGUAUCCUGUUGUAAAGGGAAGAAGUCAGUGAUUGAAGGAGUGGAUGAUGAUGAUUCAGACAUAAGUGAUGAUGAGCCCUCUGUCUAUUCCAUCUGACAGUGUUCUUAAAGGUUUUGUGAAGCUGAAUAUCUGUUAAUGCAUUUUUUAAAAAGUGUUUAACUUAGGAAGAACUGACUAGCUUUCCUCAAAAAUGGGAGCAUGGCUAUUAAAAAAACUAUAUUUUCAUGUUUUCUGACAUUACAUUAUUGUAUCAUAGAUUAACAUUUUACAUUGCUGUAAUAAUACUAUGUAAAUACAAAACUACCAGCUUUGUGAGGGAAUGUUGGUGAAAAUUUUUUUCUCUAGUGUAUAAUAUGAAUUGAUUAAAAAUCUUCCAAAAUUAA